AUGGGAUAUGAUUCGCCCCUUGCUGCCUUGCCAUCAUUCCUGCCACGCAACUCCUCCUCCUUCUUCUUUCUUUUCAUGAGUCUCCUGAUCAUCAGUGCCCCGGCUUAUGCUUCUAAGGAUUCAGCGCCUUUGUGCCUCUCUAACCAGAGUGCCGCCCUCCUCCAAUUCAAGCAAGAUAUUGCCCUUCAGCCCAGCAGGCUGAGCUCGUGGAAGAAGGGGACAAACUGCUGCCACUGGGAAGGCGUUACCUGCGACAAAACUGGCUUCCCUACUGCACUGCAAAUAUCCAGUGUUUCCAAUUGGUCUUUCUACUCCAACUGGCCUUUCUACAACAGUAGUAAGCUCGACCCUUCUUUAUUCGAACUUUCACAUCUUCGGGUUCUUGAUCUUAGCCACAAUGGAUUCGGUGGUGAAAUCCCAAAGAGGCUCGGGGAACUCACUCACUUGACUCACCUUGACUUGUCGUACUGUUUAUUCGAAGGAGCGGUUCCAAUGGAGAUCUCGCAACUUUCAAGGCUGGUCUAUCUUAGUCUCUCUGGAUAUAACUUACUACUCGAGAACAAUAGAUUUACCAAUCUUGUAAGAGGGUUAAGCAGUUUGCAGCACCUCGCCCUCGAUUACAUCCGCAUGGGCAGCAAAAGCGUGAGUGUGAUUACGAUGCCGUCCCUUCCAGGUUUGCAAACCCUCAGCCUAAGGAAGUGUAAUAUCUCUGGCAUUUUGGAUGAAUCCAUUCUCCAACUGCGCUCCCUCGCUUACAUGAAUCUGAGUCAGAACGAAUUGUUCUACAUACCAGAGUUCUUUCAGAAUUUCACCUCCUUACGGGUUCUCAAGUUGGAAGAAAGUUUUAUCCGUAGCUUUCCUUCAGGCAUUUUUCUACUGCCAGAAUUAGAGAUUCUAGAUGUCUUAGGUAAUGAUGAUUUGGUUGUGUCUCUACCCUCAAAAGCUAUUCCAUCAAGUAGCAACAUUCAGUAUCUGGGUCUAAGUCCUGCGAAACUGCAUGGUGACCUUGUGGUGCUCUCGAAUCUCACCAAAUUGACGCACUUGUACCUACGUGGAUGUGCAAAUAAUGGAAGCCUUCCAUCAACUUGGGCCUCAGAUAGACUAGUCGAAGUGGAUCUCUCAUCCAACAAUCUGAAAGGUUCUAUUCCUGAAGGUUUCUGUUCAUCCAGCCUCACUACCCUAAGCCUUGGGGGCAACUUCUUAAGUGGGACGAUUCCAUCUUGCCUUUUCAACCUACCCACUCUAGAGUACCUUGACCUCUCUGGCAACCAAUUGACUGGGGGCAUCUCUGCAGCCAUUGUAAAUCUCCCUUCACUAAAAAGACUAAUGCUCUCCAGCAACAUGCUAACCGGAAGCAUCCCCUCUUCUCUUCUCAACCUCCCCUCCUUAGAACUUCUGGAUCUUGCAAAUAACAGAUUCAAUGGUUCGGUUCCCAACUUCUUUAAUCAGCUUCCGAAGUUGAACUUUUUGCUUCUAGAGAACAAUUGCUUUAGUGGCAUCAUCCCUUCCUCAAUUAGCACCCUUUCUGCAUUGAUCAAAGCUGACCUUUCCUCCAACUGUUUUAAUGGGACUAUGGAUCUCUCCCCAUUCAUGAGCUUGCGAAACCUCCAAAUAUUGGAUCUUUCCAACAAUAAGGGACUGACAGAACUGGAACCGCCAAAUUCUAGCUACUCUUAUGUUGGCUAUUUGCAAUUUCUCGCAUUGAACUUAAGUUCAUGCAACAUCGACAGCUUUCCCCCAUUCCCUCAGAAAGUAAAUCUUGGUACCCUGGACCUUUCUAAUAAUAGGGUGAGAGGGAAGGUACCAUCUUGGUUAUGGAGGAAUUUUUAUCUGGUAACUCUACUUCUGAAUCAUAAUAACAUAGAUGGAUUUGAAGCAGUCAACGGUAGUAGCUUGCAGAAUUCCCAAAUUAGAUACUUCUCUGCCCUCAACAAUCGUAUUGUUGGAGAGAUCCCGACCUUCAUUUGCAAUUGGACUAAGCUCGAGGCACUGGAUAUUUCAAACAAUGUUCUCACCAGCACCAUACCAAAGUGUCUUUGCAGCCUUCCUCUGAGGGUCUUGAAUCUUGCAGAAAAUCAUUUGCAAGGUCAAGUUCCACCCAUGAAUGACACUUUGGAACUCGUCAGCCUCGGCAACAACUUAUUGAGUGGGAAAAUUGGUCCGAGGGCUUUCCACAAUUGCAUAAAUUUGGUGGUUUUGGAUCUGGGGAAUAAUCAGUUCAAUGACACAUUUCCCUCUUGGUUGAGCAGUUUUCCCAAAUUGAAAGUGCUGGUUUUGAGGGCCAACCAUCUCCAUGGACCCAUCACACUUUCUGGUUCAGGAGAAGCCUUUUCCUCUCUCCAUAUCUUGGAUAUCUCUGGCAACCAUUUAUCAGGGUCUCUUCCACAGGAAUUGUUUACAAGUUUAAAAGAUAUGAUGGUGAAUGAAUCAAAAUGGAAUGGUUAUCUCACCUCUAGGCUUGGCUAUUAUACGGUUUCAGUGGUGCAAACCUUCAAGGGAACGACUAUGGUGAUUCCAGAGAUUAGCAACACCAUGUUCAUCAUCGACCUGUCUAGCAAUAUGUUCUGUGACAGAAUUCCAGAUGAGAUUGGAAUGUUGAAGGGCUUAGUCUUACUGAACAUCUCCAACAACAAUCUGAGUGGCACCAUUCCAGAAUCACUUGGAAACGUGCAAUGGAUCGAAGCAUUGGAUCUUUCUAAUAAUCACUUGUCUGGAGGUGUACCGGUGGAACUCUCUAAUCUUACAUUUCUUGAAGUGUUAAACUUGUCAUACAAUGAUUUGCAUGGAAGCAUACCGCAAGGAAAGCAGUUCAGUACUUUUGAUGAAUCUUCUUUUGAGGGAAACCCUGGCCUUUGUGGGUCACAAGUGCAUCGGUCGUGCUCUGGAGGAAGAGAUAAUGAUGGUGUUCGUCAACAAGCAUUUGUUAACAGGAGAGGAAAUGAAGAUCAGAGAAAAAAAUGGGAGUGGAUUGGAGCGUUGGGUAUUGGAUUUGCCAUUGGACUUUUCAUGAUAACUCUACCCACCUUGUUGAUCGAAGGAUUUAGCAACUGGUAUUGGAAUUUAAUCGACAGAGUGGCCGAAUUUCUCAUGCAAGGUUUCCUCUAUAAAUCUUUCAAGUUCAAGCCUUCACGUAAUGCUAGGUAG